GUGGAGUUGUUCCCCUUCGAAAAGGCUUCCUUAGAAACAGCGAGUGAUGUUCAAGAUGGAGGAUACACGCUCUCCCAAGUGACACUCAUCAUUCGAGGAGAAUGUAAGGAGCUACAGCAAUAUUAGUGAAGAGACCUGUCAGAUUCCUCUGAGAAUAAUGGGGACGUAUUUAACACCUGAGUUUGUGGAACGCCGCAUCUCACGGCUGACAACACUCCCAGAUGGGUGGAAAGCAUCAACUAGUCGCACACUGUACCAACUUGACUUAAAGAUGUGUCAAGUGAAGUCACUCGUCUACAGCUUUGAGUGGGGCAAGGAAAGAGAAGGCUACAUGCUGAGGCAACCGUCUGUCCUUGACGCACCGGAGCGCAUCCUGCGUCUGGAUGUUAGCCUCAACGAGCUGGCCUUCCUUCCUCACGAUGGCCUCCUCCCCUUCCGUAACCUUAGAGAGUUGGACGCCUCGCUCAACAAACUCAAGAGCUUUCAGGGCAUUGAGGUAUUACAUCAUCUGUUCAGCCUUAAUGUGGCCCACAAUGCAUUGCGUCACAUCGAUGGUCUGACAACCAGUUCGUCUAUCGUUGAACUCAAUUUGAGUAUGAAUGAAAUUCGAGACAUUUCCAGCAUGCCAAGUCUCAUCAACCUACGGAUCCUAAACCUCAGCAGUAAUAAACUGGGGAGUCUGGAGGGACUCUCGUCUUUACCCAAGCUGGAGGAGCUCAACGUUCAGAGAAAUCAGUUGGUGAGUAUAGUACCAAUCACCAGCUGUCUUCAUCUACGGAUGCUCAACGCCGCCGAGAACAAUCUCAAGGAGCUGGACACAGUCACUGCGGUCCUUGAGAAGAUGACGUGGUUGCAGGUGCUCAGUUUACAUGGUAACCCAAUAGAUCGAGAGCACAACUACCAGACGGAUAUCAUCCGAGCCGCCAACGUCAUGACCCUCGACAACAUCACCGUUCGACCCUUGCCAAGGAUAGGUGACGACCCAACACCGUCACCUAAACUACGUACUCAAGUCCGGCCAUUGGUGGAGCAUCGCCGUCACACGGACAACAUCAUCACACUCAAAGAUGCAGCAAAACAGGCUUUCGAGGAGCGGAUGCGCGGAGCCAGGGGAGCCAUGGAGGAAAAUGUCAACUUCCUUCAACACAGGAUACAGUCCCUGCAGGAUGAGUACCGGGAGUUUGAGUACAAGAUGAGAGCUGACCUCGACGUUUGUCUCAGAUACAUGGACACCUUGAGUUCUACAGAAGCAAGCAGUUUUGAUCGACGGUCAUUGAAUUUCCGGUCUGGCAAUGAGAAGCCAUGGGAAGGAUACACCCACAGAAGUCCCCGACCAGAGCACAGGAGCAAGGAAGAUUACACAGAUGUGAAGAACACAGAUGAGGUGUUGAAGUGUGCUUACAACGAGCUGGCCCGGGACCAGGACAGACUGGAAGAUGUGUAAAGAGUUCAUUCACAGCUUCACACAAAGGAUGAAGAUACUUUUACACUGGCAGAUGUGAAAGAAGGGUGGGAAGGCGAUAUGCUCCUUUCCUUACAGGCACCUCAGUUUUCCAACCUGUUAGUUCCUCAUCCUUGUGGGUUUUUCUUCACUUCAGGACUUCAGAACAAAAUUUUGAAAUACCCAGUGGUUAAAAUUUGAAUUUGGUUUCAUUUCAAUUAAUAAGACUUCAAUAUCCUCUGGAAGCCUCGUGAAAGGAUCUUACCCGUUAAAUCGGUAAAAUCAUGGGGAGAACAUACCCCUCCCCUUCCUUCUCCUUCAUCCAUGAUCUUCCUCAGUAUUAGAUUAAGCAGGACCACACGGUAGUCAUUCCCUGUACAGUAUAUUCCGACCAGUAUCCAUGUACUCAAUCACUCCUUGUGAGCCAGGAAGCAGUUAUCUGGAAUAUGUGACUAAUCUUGUAUAUGACUUGUUCUCUUGUGACCCCAGUGACUGGGAGAAAUAUGCCUUUGUGUAUCAAGUGUUGAGUCAAUGUUACCUGCUUCUACUGAGAGCGACGAGUGGCCCAGUCGUCCAAGGCCCCGCGAUGCGCAGUGCAGAGUUGCGUCCCUUGGGCACGCCAGAAACCUAUGAUUGUGGGUGUGAAUCCUGGUUCGCCCCGAUUAUGUUUCUAGGUUUGUC